GAGAAGCUGCAGGAUGUGAAACGACUUGCAGAUGAACUUAUUAUCUCCAUUUCAAAAGGUCUAUCACAAGCCAUGAUUGACCAUUUUUCAGGUUCUGGCUCAUCAAUCUUGACAACAACAUUCACUCAAAAGCUAAACAACGCUACUGGAAAAGCAGUUGGCAAUUUGGUCGCGAGGCACAAAACUCAAAGUUUCUUUGACAACCAGCAGCAUCAUUACGAUCUGAAAUCAGCUAAAGAGCGCAAAGAUGAGUCUUUGUCUGAGAGAAAAAGAAAUGAAACGGAGUCCUAUGCCAAUAAAAUAACUGAUGAACAACAUCAAGCCACAGCUUUGGAGCUCCAUGUCCUCACAAAGAGUAACCUACUGGAAGGAAAAGGAAUUUGUGUAACUGUGGUAGAUUCUAAAGGGAAGCUUCUCUCAGAGGAGACUUACACAGGAAGUAACCCAGCAGCUGGUACCAUCACACUCCGACUGACUAAAACACCACAGAAUCCUCAAAGUGAAAGAGGAAAAUGGGAAAAAUUUAAAAGUAGGAUUAAGGGUGAAAUGACCCCACACAGUGGUCACUUUGAUAUUGUACGCUCUGAUGCUUCAACACUAGCAGUGAAUUCAGAAAAUCAGAACUGCCUGUUUCACGCUGUCAUCCAAGCAACAACUAAUGCCCCCGACCAUGUUGUGAAAGAAAAGGCUCAAGAGCUCAGAAGUAAAGUCAGUAAGGAGAUUCGCUCAAAGCCGGGCAAAUAUGUGAACGCUGUGAAGAUCCAGAACAUGUUUAAUAAAACAAGCAGCUGCAACAAAUUUAAAAUAGAAGGUGGUGUGACAGAAGAUGAUGAGAGAAAUUACAAGGAGUAUACUGAAAACAAGAUGCCACAGGAAAUUAUCAAUGAAUACAAAUUAGGAGAAGUUGAGGAAUAUGAAGGGCUUAUAAAUAUGAAGAAGCCCACCCCACGUAUGGUUGAGGCAGACCACAUUCCACCAAAGAGCGUAUUGAGGGACCUCUGUAAGUUGAUUGACAAAAAGGAUACCUCUGUCACAUCACUGAAAGAAAACAAGGAAUUCUGUGAGCAGGUCAUGAAGAUGAAGAAUGACCAGAAUGGAAAAAACCAGACAUGCAUGAACGCACUGUAUUAUGACCACAGACGUGCGCUGACCACUGGUAGCAGUACCGAGUCCAAUGCAUGCAGAGAUUUACUGAAAGAAACCUUUAAAAGUGGAAAUGUAGUGGAAGGUCUGAAGCUCUCAUUAAUGACGGCACACCCAGAAGUUUCAGACAACAUCCGAAGUGAGCUAGGUAUCAACCGUAAUUUCCAGACCUUUGAAGCUGGACUUACACAGAACCAAAGGAGCCAGUACUACAAGGAUGGCUAUAUGAAGCUGGCUGAAGCAUACAGUAGCAAGAACAUAAUUGACCAAAACCAAAAGACAGAGCUGAUGGGCUGGAUAGAACAAGACCGAUUUCUUACUGAUGAGUCUUUGAAAAACAAAAUGAAAGCAAUGAUUACAAAAAGAAGCAGAGAUCCUUAAACAGCUUGGUUGCAUGUCAACUUUGCCGGCGUUUAUCCAAGUCCAUGCUUGAUUUUAUAAGACAUUUGCAUUUAAAACUGAGAAUGUUUCUUCAGAACAAAUACAGUAUAAAAUUCAAAUACAUUUUGUACGUAGCACCCCAGGGCUCCUAGUUUGGGGAAUGAAAAUGAAACCAGAAACAAACUGCAUUUACUAGGAACAACCUCACCAUUGCCAUCGUCAAUAUACUUAACAAUUCAUGUUCCUGACUGUCCUUAUUCUGAAUCUAAUAUCAGUAAACAAUAUUUUCUAGAAAUACCAUGUUUUUAAUACUGUAUGAGCACAUUCAUAACACACUAUAAUCCAUUCAUAACACACUAUAAUCCCUUCAUAACACACUAUACAUAUAAAUAUAAACAGUGUUUAUACCUGUUUAUAUCGUAAGUGUGAAACAAAGUUCUAGCUUGCGCAGUGUGUUAUAACCUGGCUUGUCGUGAAGACGCACCAAUCUAUGCCAAGAUUACUUUUAACAUCUUAGAAACAUAGUUAUCUAGAACAGAAUAAAGUUAUUUCUAACGUA